UCGCUCGUCUCGUCAUCCAGGAAAUGUCAAGCAGAGAAAAUCCAAGCGGACUCUGCAAAAACAUUCCAAAUCUCAUCUCUUCCUUCGUCGACACCUUCGUUGAUUACUCCGUCUGCGGAAUCUUCUUACCACAGGACCCUACUCCACAGAAUGAGAUUCCGCAAACCAGGUUCGACAAACCCGAGCGCCUCGUCGCCAUCGGCGAUCUCCACGGCGAUCUCGACAAGUCCAAGGAAGCAUUCAGGAUCGCCGGAUUAAUCGAUUCGUCGGAUAAAUGGACGGGCGGAUCAACGAUGGUUGUUCAGGUGGGCGACGUCCUAGAUCGAGGCGGAGAGGAGCUAAAGAUACUCUAUUUCCUCGAGAAACUGAAGCGAGAGGCCGAAAAAUCGGGAGGUAAGAUUCUGACUAUGAACGGGAACCACGAGAUCAUGAAUGUAGAAGGUGACUUUAGGUAUGUCACUGAAAAGGGUUUAGAGGAAUUCCAAAUUUGGGCAGAUUGGUAUUGUUUAGGGAACAAGAUGAAGAGCUUAUGCCUAGGUCUAGAUAAACCCAAGGACCCUUACGAAGGGAUUCCAAUGAGCUUCCCUCGAGCUAGACCGGACUGUUUCGAAGGAAUGAGAGCUAGGAUUGCUGCACUGAGACCUGAAGGUCCGAUUGCAAAGAGGUUCUUGUCUAAGAAUCAGACAGUCGCUGUUGUUGGAGAUUCUUUGUUUGUUCAUGGAGGUCUUUUAGCUGAGCACAUAGAGUAUGGACUGGAGAGGAUAAACGAGGAGGUUACAUGUUGGAUUAACGGGUUAAGAGGAGGAAGAUAUGCGCCUGUGUAUUGUAGAGGAGGGAACUCUGUUGUUUGGUUGAGGAAAUUCUCGGAUGAGAUGGCUCACAAAUGCGACUGUUCAGCUCUUGAGCAUGCUCUUUCCACCAUUCCUGGUGUUAAGAGGAUGAUCAUGGGACACACGAUCCAAGAUGCUGGUAUCAACGGUGUUUGCGAUAAUAAAGCCAUUAGGAUUGAUGUGGGCAUGUCCAAGGGAUGUACCGAUGGAUUGCCUGAGGUUUUGGAAAUCCGCAAGGACUCUGGUGUGCGGAUAGUGACGUCGAAUCCAUUGUAUAAGGAGAAUCCGAUUUCUCUUUUAGCUCCUGACAGUAAAACGGGUCUCGGGUUGCUGGUACCAGCUGAGCAUGUUCCUAAGCAAGUUGAAGUCAAAGCUUAAAUACCUUUUUAGUGAACACUAGUUGAUAUUCUCUGUUUAGAUGAUUGAUGCCUUUUGGUAUGUCUAGCAUUGGCGGAUUCUUUGUAUGAAUAUCAGCCAGAUUCUUGUGCUCUUCUUGGAGCAUCAAUUGUGGUUUUAAAUUAUCAGAAAGUUAGACAAUGUUUGUAGCAAUAUAGUGAAUCAUUUGUUCAAACAUUAUAUCUGAUUCAAUACAUUUGUUAA